AUGCUCAUGAUGCCUGAGCUGGAUGUGCACAACAACGUUCGCUCCAAAAGGCCCACAGAGUUUGGGUUAGGGCUACAAGCAGAAGCUUACACCCGCCGCCGCAGGAGCUGGCUCUGGAACCAGUUCUUUGUGAUCGAGGAGUACAAAGGACCUGAACCUGUGCUCAUUGGACGGCUGCACACAGACAUGGACCGAGGUGAUGGACGCACCAAAUAUGUGCUGGAGGGGGAGGGGGUUGGCUCAGUGUUUGUCAUCGACAGCAACACGGGAAACAUCCAUGUCACUAAGUCUCUGGACCGAGAGGAGAAGGACCAGUAUCGUCUCGUUGCAACAGCUUUGGACCGUGAGACGGGCCGAGCCCUGGAGCCAUCCUCAGAGUUCAUCAUCAGAGUGCAGGACAUCAAUGACAACCCACCUGUCUUCCCAGAUGAGCCUUACGUUGCCAUGGUGCCAGAGAUGGCCAACAUAGGCACGUCUGUAAUUCAAGUCACUGCUGUCGAUGCUGAUGAUCCAACAUAUGGAAACAGCGCCCGGCUGGUGUACGGGAUUUUACACGGCCAAGACUUUUUCUCUGUGGACCCUCAAACAGGCAUCCUUCGGACAGCAGUACCCAACAUGGACAGGGAGACCCAGGAUGAGUAUCUGGUUGUCCUCCAGGCGAAAGAUAUGGGCGGGCAUUUGGGUGGGUUAUCGGGCACCACAACCGUCACUGUGAAGCUGAGCGAUGUGAAUGACAACCCCCCUCACUUCAGGAGGAGUGCAUGGUCGUUCUCCGUGUCGGAGCUAGCAGCUCCAGGAGUGGAAGUGGGCCGUCUCUCUGCCACAGAUUCUGACCUGGCAGAAAAUGCCCAGCUGGAGUUUUCCAUCCUGGACACAGAGGAGGCAGACAUUUUCAAUGUAACCAGAAGAGGCAAAGAGGCUGUCAUCAUCCUGAACAAGCUUCUGGAUUAUGAAACCCGCAACUCAUACACUUUCUCCGUAGAAGUUGUUAAUCCCAUCACGGAUCCUAGAUUCAUUAGGAAAGGACCCUUUAAAGACCAGGCAACUGUCCGAGUCAUGAUCCUGAACGCUGACGAGCCACCACGGUUCUCCCAGGCUUUAUACCACCUGGAUGUGUCUGAGAACUGCCCCCCUAUCUGCUCUGUGGGCCGAGUCUAUGCUGUGGACCCAGACACGGGACAAAGCAGCAACAUCAGGUACUCCAUGGAUCCGCAGUCAGACCCCGAGGCUCUGUUCCGUAUCUCCUCCGACACAGGUUUUAUUAGUGCAGUGAUGGAGUUGGACUGUGAGCAGGAGCAAUGGCAUAACGUCACAGUCAUCGCCACACAGAGGGACAACCCAAAUCUUGUGUCGAGGGUUGUGGUUGCCAUAGAGACGCUGGACCAGAAUGAUAAUGCUCCGGAGUUGGACAGGCAGUACACAACAUCAGUAUGUGACUCCAGUGCCCCCGGUCAGGUCAUUCAGGUUCUACGAGCCAUCGACAGGGACCAAGGAGGACAGGAUGCCCCGGUCCACUUCAGCAUCCCUGUUGAGUCCAGCUCUGCCCUGAACCUGACCAUCAGGGAAACUGGAGGUAUGACAGCCAACCUGGUGCUCCAGUCCUCCUUGGAGCCCCUUCCUGGCUUCUCCUCAUCUCUGCUCACCCUCUAUGUGCCAGUGGUGCUGCGUGACGGAGCCUCGGGUCUGACCAACACUGGCACGGUCACUGUGACCAUUUGUCCGUGUCUUCAGGGAGGCAUGCAGACGGAGGACAGGGGCCGGCAAAGAGACCCAAGGUGGGAGAGACACGUGGUGUGUCUGCCGGCUGCGUCCGCCUCCCCGUCUCUCAUCUUCAGCUUGGUCACACUGCUGGCCAUGCUGGCUUGCAUCUCCACCAUGCUCGUGGUAUGUGCGCUGUCGAUGUCAUUGCGCCAUCAAAAACGAGACUGCCACUCACCCUUUGAGGAGGAUGAUGUCAGGGAAAACAUCAUAUCCUACGAUGAUGAGGGGGGAGGGGAAGCAGACACUGCAGCAUUUGACAUUACAGCUCUGCAAAGCAUGCACAGAAUACAGCACAUGCACCACGAUGAAAACAUAUGGUACACCCAACAAAAUCCACCCAGAGCCAGGACAUACAGCUGGAACCGUCACCCCUCCAGGCUGGGCCCUCAGCAGCGGCCAGACUCGGCGCCACUUUACGGACGCCUCUGCUACGGUUUCCAGACGCUGCCUGUUCUCAGAGAUUAUCCAGCCGGGCCAUUGGAGGUGGGUCUUCAGCUAACUCAGCUGACCCAGGGGUUCACAGGAGGUCACACUGGCAAUUCCCUCCCCAUCCCAAACCAGACGACCUUGGAGCCGCUGCAGCGCUCUCCUGGGAGCAGACUCGAUGCUUUCAGAGCCGACCAGACUCUGGCCAAGAGCAAAACUGAAGAGAGAAACGAAAGCAGUGAAGCAAACACAGCUGAGGUGAAACGAAAUGAGGAACAGGCCAAGGUAUUGGACUCCCUGACCACGACGCCGUACGUCCAAAAGGCGUCAGACCGAGAAGGCCGGUUCGUUGUCUAUGAGACGGGGGGGGGAGAUCCGACGGCAGCAUUUGAUGUGAAGGUGGACCGAGGGGACGCCCACAUCAGGCUCCUGUGA